CCCUUGUACGCGACACAUACGACACGCACGGAUGCUUUUUUAACUUUUUUUUUAAUUUUACUUUUUUGAAAAUGUGGAUUGUGCUGGUGACUUUGAUUGGACAGUGCGCGGGGGUGAUUUAUAAUUUAAAUGAAACCGAUUACAACCGAAUGCCAGCGUUAUACGCCUUGGACCCAUAUGACGCGUGCCUUUUGGAGCCCGGCGGGAUUUAUUGCUUGGUGGACGCGGAUCUCCAUUCUGGAGGGAGAUCAGAUCUCAUGAGGAUGAUACGGGGUUAUUCAGAACACACAAUAAAACACUUCAAUCACACACAGAUACACAGAGGAGUGUGUGUCACAAAGACCUGUAAAGAUUUCAUCCACAAUCGAAGACUGAAUGAAACAGCGGACCUAGAGGUGACCCUUGAGGCAUGCCUCAACGAAUCCAUAUGGAGGGAAUAUAAACUACACGCCACAGUGGAUAGAAUACAGUAUUGUAACCGGGAAGGGGAUAAGGAGACGCUAGAUGCGAGUGAUUAUGUGGUUGCGGCGGUGUAUCUACUGUUAAUUGUGUGCAAUGUUGCUGGAAGCCUCUACGAUGUCUACUUAUGUGAAAUAGAUGGCAAAGGGAAUCCGUAUCUUCUGGCGUUCUCAAUCCGUCGGAACUGGCGGAAGCUAACGGCGCCAGGAGGCGUGGGGCCGGACCCCAGGCUGAACCGGCUCAAACUCUUCAAUGGCUUGAGAACCAUGACGAUAGCCUGCGUGUUUUUCUCUCACAGCGUGUUAAUCAUGUCUUAUUCCUACGUGGACAACCCACUUUACAUUGAAAAGUCAUACGAAGACCCGUUCAAGCAAAUACUCUUCAACGGCAGCCUGGUCACCCACACCUUCUUCGUCAUGUCCAGCUUCCUUCUGGCUUACAAUCUCCAGAUCCACACGGAAAGGCACUCUUUAUCCUGGAGCCAGUGGCCUAAGGGCGUGCUGCUGAGAUGGCUAAGGUUAACCCCUACAUACGCACUGGUGCUGGCUACAAUAUCCACCUGGAUGCGGCACCUGGGCGGCGGGCCGCUGUGGGGGCUGGUGGUGGCCGCGGAGGCCGAGGCUUGCCGCCGGCACUGGUGGGCGCACCUCCUCUACGUCAACAACUACGUGUAUGGAGACGCGCACUGCGCACCGCAGGCUUGGUACUUGGCAGCGGACACGCAACUCUUCUGCCUGGGCCUGCUUAUCUGCGUGAUGUUCCAGAGCGCCCGACGACGCGCGGCGGCGCUCGUAUUCUUACUACUGCUGUCACUGCUGAUUACUGCUGCCCAUACUUACUGGCAGGAUCUGGAUGCUGUCGUCAUACAGUCACCUGAAAAAUACCGCAACCUCUACGCUACAGACGAUACCUUCCGUCUCCUCUACAUCCGAGGUCACACGAACCUGUCGACCUACACGCUGGGGCUGGCCGGUGGUUUCCUGACCUACUACUGGCAGCAGGAGGGCAAGGAUAUGACCAGAUACAAGAAAUACAGAUGGGUCGUGUGGCUAUUGUUCCCCCUCGCCGUGGGUGUGAUCUUGUCCGGCGGUCUGUUUUACACGGAUGGGCCUCGAGCAACGCCGCUGCUUAGAGUGGUGUAUGCAGCGUUAUACAAACCGGUCUUCCAGACCUGUGUGGUGCUGUUUAUAAUCAGCUGUGUCUUCAAGUUGGAAGGAGUGUACCGCGGCAUCGUAGAAUGGCGGGGCUGGGCGUGGAGCGGCCGAGUUUCUUACGCAGCUUUCUUGCUCCAUACGCUGUUCCAACGAGGGCUAAUUGGGGCUAUUACUGCCCCUGUGCAUAUGUCAGACUGCUAUGUGUUCACGGUGCUGAGUGCGACCAUCUUCCUGUCGUUCCUGGGAGCCGGAAUAAUGUGGAUGUGUGUGGAGGCCCCUGUCGCAGCCAUCACCAAGGCUGCCCUAACACCUGACAGAAAGGCUUAGGAUAUAAAUAGCAUUUCUUUUUUUUUCGCCACUUUUAUGAAAUGUGAUAUUUUAAAAAAAAUGGUAUUUCUACUCAGAAUCACUUCAGAUCUUCUUCAAUAGGUAGUUAAAAAAAUGGUCCCAUACGAUUUUUUCUUAUUUUGUUACCAUUUUCCAUACAUGUUGUGUGGGGUAACAAAAAAGGAAAGUAACUAAAAUGUAUGGAA